AUGGAAGAAUGGUUAAUAAAAAGUUGCAAUUGUGGUCACUCUGAAAGCAAAGAAUUUUUCGUCGACAUGGGUGAAAAUAUUACUAUUCCCUGUAAUCAAGAUUUUGCCUUCUCACAGUUUUCUAAAAUUGAACCUGUUAUGUGGAUAAAAAGCGGUAGAGAAGAUGGUCAAGUAAAUAGAUUAAAAAUACUACCAAAUGGUAGUUUAUCUCUUGAAAAAGUUAUUAAAAGUGACUCCGGUAGUUAUAUGUGUACUUUGGAAAAAAAUAUGUCAGAUGUUGAUAAAAUAAAUGGAAAUGAUUUACUAGAUGAGUAUAGUGAAGUUAACAUCAUAUAUAAAGUAAUUGUAAGAACACCACCUCCAAUGUUAGUAAAUGUUUCAGUUCAUCCUUCGACAGUUCUUGCACUUUUAUUAUGGGAUGUUAGCGAUACAGGUGGUUACGACAUAUCAUAUUUUUCUGCUCAGUAUCGACUGAAAAAUGAUACAAAAGGUUCAUGGCAUAAUGUAUUACCUGUUCAUAUAAGCCCAACAGCAAGACAAAUCGAUGUAUAUCACCUUCAUCCUAAUUCGACAUACUCAUUUCAAAUUUGGGCAGUUAACCCUCUGGGUGUGGGUGAAAUAACCGAAGUAGAUGCAACAACAAAUCAUAUUAUGGAAGAAAUAGGUAUGAAAUUAAAUUGA